AUGGUUCCAGAACUCCCUGAAAUUGCACUGUUUAGCAACAAAUUGUCAUUAAAUCAAGUUUUUCAGAAACUUCUGGUGGUGAGGCAGAUGGCUGAGCCCAUAGGAUCUAAAGCUGGGGAUCGCAAACCACCUUCUCCAGAAGCCCUCUGGGUCUGCCUCAUGCUUUGGAGUAGUAGCUUGCGCUUUCUUCAUCGACUUAACUGUGAGAGCAGCGUUCAUCUGGUUCCAGUCUUAACUAUUUCCUCUCAAAAUGUAACAAAGACAGUGGAAGAAGCAAAACCUAAACCUCCCACAAUCCAGGAGCUGAAGGAGAAGAUCAGCAAUUACAACUCAAAAGUCAACAAUUGCUUGCUGAUGAAGCUGAAUGAUGAUGGCACUUACACAGGUUUCAUCAAAGUGCACCUAAAAUUGAGGCGUCCUGUGACAGUCACAGCAGGGAUUAGGCCACCAUCUAUCCAUGAUGCUCUCAAGGAGGUCAACUUAGCUAACAUGACAGAGAAAAGAACAUCAUUCUACCUGCCAUUGGAUGCCAUCAAGCAGUUACACAUCAGUAGCACAACAACUGUGAGUGAGGUGAUCCAGGGACUUCUGAAGAAAUUUAUGGUGGUGGACAACCCACAGAAAUUUGCACUUUUCAAACAGAUGCAAAAAGAUGGUCAAGUUCUUUCCCAGAAGCUUCCAGUCACAGAAUACCCUUUGUUCCUCCGGCUGCUAGCAGGCCCUGACACAGAUAUUCUGAAUUUUGUGUUGAAGGAAAAUGAAACAGGGGAAGUUGAGUGGGACAACUUCUCUAUUCCAGAGCUACAGAAUUUUCUAGUAAUACUAGAAAGAGAAGAAAAAGACAAAAUACAGCAAGUGCAAAAAAAAUACAGCAAGUUUAAACAAAGACUGCAAGAGGCCUUGAAAGAAGCAAAUAGCAAGCCUGGAUAACCAAAUAUGGCUAGCAACAAACUUAAUUUUAAAGUCUAAAUAAAUAAAUAUAUUUAAAAGAAAUAAAAACAAGACCGAACAACUUUUUCUUUCUCAGGACACUUUUCAGUUUGGUUGUAACCCAAGCUUUGCUUAGAACUGGUAGUUACAGAAAGGGAAACUGAUAUUCCAGUCCACUGACCCUCUAGAACCAGAAGUGGUCGCUGCUUUUCCUUCUCCAUGGUCAAACUGCCAGGAAGCUCUGCAAUGAAUGCUGAAUGUCUACUUUAUUGGUUGGUUUAUUGUACAAAUGUUAAGGCUGGACCAAAAUGGCCAUCUCCUUUUCCUGUCAUCCUGAUACCUCACCUGUGGAUUUGUGUUAUGUGCAGUGGAAAUGUAUAGUGAGUGUGCUUUCUGUGGUCAGUUCAUCCACAUAACCAUCAGCAAACAAGAAUUUUAGUCUGAUAUACGUGAGACACACUAUAAAAGAUGCCAAACAUUUUGUUGCACAAGAAAAUGAACUGAACAAUUGCCAAGGAGGCGGCAGAAGAUAAGCAGGACUUGAGAAAUGGCUGUGGACAUGAGAAAGAGUACAUUUUCUCAGAAGGAAAAGUCUCUCAGAUGUUAGAAUUUUAGGAUUCAGAUGGAAGUGGGGCAUUGCAUAGCCCUGCUUUUGGAACACACUUUCCCCUAAUGCAGGACCAGCACUGAAGACUUUGGCAGCUGAUUGUUGUAUUUACCUUUAUUAAAAGAUGUUGGAAGCAUUAGUCACAUAUUACCUUGAAAUGUAUGUGAAGACUCUGAAAAGAACAGGAAAUAAUCUUGGGUGUUAUUGACACUCAUGUAGUAGAAAAUGAGUUGCAACUUGCAACUCUCCAGCUUAUUGGCUCUCACCUUGCAGUUCAUGCAACCUGUUUGAAGGUGUUAAGCCCAAUUAGCUGGCUCUAUUCUGUUUUUGCAAAAGCCAAGUUUUUGAAAUUUGAACUGGAGAAUUAAAAUGUAAAUGUGACGAUAGAACAAGUAUUACGAGAAAUGAGCAAUGCACUUAAAAAAACAGGCAUUGUUAUCUAAGGCCUUAUAUUUAUAUAGAACUUCCUGUUUGAAACUCUUCUUCUGAUGUAGUUACAGCUGUAUGGGAACUACUUGUCUGCAAGAUGAUCUUGUGUAUUUGGAACCUGACUCUGAAUUAUGCACUCACUUAUGGUAAGGAUGGAUAAAUUGGGAACAGAUAUGGCAACUGUGGGGCUAUUCAGGCACAGCCUACAAAUGUAUUGAGUUGUCUCACAUUGGAGUGGCUACAGCGUGACUAGCUGCAGUUUGCCAGAUAUGAUGUAGGACAUGAGGCAUUCUUUAUUCUCCUGCUUAUGUGGUAGUUGUGUGAGACAAAUGAUUCCUUCAUUUUUUUUCCUGCCCCUCCCUUUUCUGAGUGUGGUUUCCACAUGAGUUCAUUGAGUCAAACUAGGUUUCAUGUAUUUCCCCUUUGAGGGCUAGCUUAAGCAUGCAUGAGCCAUUUAGUCCAGCUUGUAAAUGUCUUGACUCAGUUGACCGAGCAAACUCAAAGCUCCCUUCCCCCUGCUCUGCAAAUACUAGCCUCUUGUUUAAAAUAAACUGAAUCAUUUCUCUUUCAUUAAUUUGGUAAUUAAGCCCAUACUAAGAAUCUAAUUUUAUUAGGCAAGGGUUAAUCAGUUGUCAGAACCUGAUUAGCCUGAAUAACCUUCUUUGAAGAUUCUUUAAAUAUAUUGGGGGGGGGGCAUAUAAAGGGAAAAAUAAGUUUUUAGCUCUGGGAUAGCAGGGUUGUGUGUAGAGGUGUACCUUGCAAUUAAAAGGAAUGAUUUGAACACCUUAAGAAGCAAAGAGCAAAUUUAACUAAGUUCAUGCUGAAGUAAAGCUACACACAAGCUUCCUCAGGACUGUAGAAAUGGUUGAUGAAACAAAAAAUGUGGGACCCCAGGAGUUGUUCCAGUGUCUGCAUAGUAAGAGAAGAGUCAGUUUUGUUAAGUCAUUAAACAUCUUCUCUCCAAGUGGGAUAUUAUAUAUUAUGUUUUAUUUUCAUCGAAGAGGGAGGAAAACUGUCUCCUGCUCCUCCCCUUGGCAUGUCUUGAACAUUUCUAUAGAAGGCAUGGCUUCUUAUGCAAUUGAUGUGAAUGCUGCUGACUAAGCCUCCUGUAAAUAGGCAGGUGGCUUUUUUCUUUAAAGAUAUUAUAUAGCUAGGGGCAUUAAGCUGAGGGAAAAAAAACGAUGAUGCUUAGAUUGGGAGAGAAUGUGGAGCCAUUUGAUCUGUGAUAGAACAGAAGCCUUAGGUAUGGAGGCCCCAACUUAAAAAGCGCAGACUACUGCUAGCAGUGCCUUUGUUUAGUAUAUUAUGUUGCUUGCAUCUGUUUAUAUGUGUGUGUGUAUUUUUGUUCAGAAUGGUCAGCUAAAAAACACAUGUACAAUCUGUAUAGAAUGGAAUUAGUGAAAGCUUUUAUGUGGAUAAAGUAAAUACAUUUUUGCAAUGCUGUAACUUAUUUUUACUACUGUUUCAGCCCUAUGACUUUUUUUUUUAUGUCACCAUCUGACUUUUUUUUUUAAAGCUCCUUCUCAAUUUGGUUAUAUGAUGCAAACUGUGUAAGAA